AUGUCCUGUUCAGCGUUCUGCACAAUUUGUCUGGAUCCUAAGGUGCUUCCGGAGCAGUUUUCGUUCUUUGUGUCCUGUGGUACAUCGGAUACGGACCUGAAUGUCAACAACGCUUCGGGUCAGCUUGGCCCGAGCACAGGUGGCAUAGACGCAGGUGCCACUCAGCUACUCUGCCUCGGUGACCACCCGCGCCUGAAUUCGGAUACCAAGGAUCGCACGCUCCGCGCUUUGUCUAUCUUUAAGAACGAGAUGCGCCCCACGGUCGUCGCUCUCGAGAAGGAAAGGGCCGACGACGCACUUCCGCAGGUGGACAACGCGCUUCCGCAGGUGGACAUCGCGCAUCUGCUGGCGGACAGUAAGUGCCGUUUGGUAGACGCUGACGCUGCCAAGGGCGCGCUCGAAAGCGAGCGGAGUCGCGUGCGUGCUCUGGAGCAAGGACGCGACCAGACGAAGACCGAGUGCGUCCGGAUGAAGGAAGAGCUCAUCAAGACGAGAGAAGAGCUCAACAAGAUGAGAGAAGAGCUCAAUAUGAUCAAGGAGGAGCGCGACCAGACGGUGCAAGAGCGCGAUCAGACGAAGCAGGAGCGAGACGAACUCUUCAAGGAAAACUUGGAUGCCCAGAGGACGCUGACGGCGAUAAUGUCGGAUCGCCCUGCAAUGCAGAAGGCGCGUCAGGCAAUGGAGGAGCAUCGGGGGCAACAGAUGGCGGAUCUCUACAGCGACUCGGAAGAGAUCGACCUCGUCAGCGAGCUUGUCCGUGACCUCAAUGAGUGCCUGGAUCGUGAGCAGGGUUAUAUGAAGGACGUCAAGGCGUUGCAGGAGGACAACAUCUCGCUUCGAAAGAAGCUGAGGGAGCAGGCUAAGACGAUCGACUCCCUUCUGGAGCACGCUGUGGCCGAGCAGGUGGCGCGGGUGGCACGGUCGGCGCAAAAUGAGGUACAGCGGCGAGGCGGCGCUGGAGGCCUCCGAGAACGGUCUCAUGCUACCAAAGCAUGCCGGCAUCCUGCUGAAAAGACUGCCGUGGCCACCUUGCCGCUUUCCGUGAAGCCGACACCGUUCUGA